AUGCGUGCAGGAAUUCCGGAUGAAAUCAAACAGGUUAGAGGAACGUAUGUAGACCCAAGACUUCUAAACUAUAUAGCAAUGUGGGCUUCUCCAAAAUAUUGUAUAACAGUUGGAAAAAUUAUGGACUCCAUAGACAAGAAAGUUCAUGAGAAAUUAGAUGAAGAAGAACUUGAAGAUACAGUAGAGAAUGCAAAACCUUUGUUCGAAGAAGAAGUUAGAAAAAAGUGCGAAAAACAAAUAGAACAUGAACGUGAGAUAUGUUCUGGUUAUAGAGAUUCUCCAUACGAACUAGACCAAUGGGAACAAGAAGAUUUAAAGAGAGAAUUUAGAGAAUAUGAACUCGCUAAAAUUUCAUUAGAAGCUGCAGAAGAGAGGUUAAAAGUUUGGGGUCCUUUUGUACAAAAAUAUUGUGAGUAA